AUGGCCAAAGCCGGGGACGACGACGAGUACGUGGAGACGGAUCCGCGAUUUCUCUUCGUCUUCGAGUACCUGGAGCUCAAUUACAAGGUCAAAAUCGACGCCUGGUUCGCCAUGAAGGACAACAAAACUUACCUGAGCACCCUGAAAAACUUCUUCGAGACGCCGGACGAGCACAUGCUGCUGAUCGAGCUGUCGCCCGUGAGCGGCCUCGUCCCUCACAAUUUCAUUCAUCCGAAUUACAAGGCCAAAUUCGUGUACUUCGUGAAGAGAGACAUGAUCGCGAUCGACGCCGACAACGUCAAAGAGAUGCUGGUCGUUGGCGAAUUGCAGGCGAGAAAUUUCGACGAGCUGGGCGACUUCAUCGAAGACGAGUUGAUACCGAUAAUUUCGACGCCCAGAGGUGGAGGCGAUUGGCCUACUUACGUGCACGAGGAUAUCGAGAGAGAGAAGCACUCGAUCAAAAGUCGCAUAACUCAAAUAAAGAGUAAACUUCACGGCGAAACGAUCUUACCGAUGCCGCUGAACAUCGAGCACGUGUUCUCGGAGGAGCCGCCCAAGAAGAUGCGCCACAACAUCGAGAUGAUCGUGAUCUCCUGGGCCAAGGACAUCUGCGAGGUCAUGGCCGAGGACAGCAGUCAGGCCUUCGAGAUGGAGGAUCAUCCACUGCCGCGAACCGAGCUGGUCUUUUGGCGCAAGAGGAUGAGAAAUUUCGAGCUGAUCUACGAGCAACUGCGAGAUCCUCGAGUGAAAAAGAUGGCCCACAUCCUCGAGAAGGAGAAGAGCGUCUUUCUACACUGCCUCAGAAACGUCUUCAACGAAGUCGUCAAUUGUGUCCUGGAAGCCCGCGAGAUCUGCCUGUAUCUAUCCCCCCUGGAACGCUACUUUCAGGACAUCGAGAGCGAGUCGCACUUCCCGAGCAGCCAGCCCAAGUUCAAGCCGAUGAUGCACUGCAUCUGUCACGCCUGGGCCAAGUGCAAGCCCUACUGCAAGAGUCCCCGGGUCGUCGUGCUGCUGCGCGAGAUCUCCAAUCUGAUCUUGCUGCAGGCGGCGACCUAUCUCGAUCCUCAGUCGCUGUUCCAGGGCGACGCCGAGGACAGCCUCAAACGCUUGACCGAGACCAUCUCCACGAUCGAGUGGUACAGGGACGUGUACGAGUUCUUUCGCGGCCGUGUGCCGAGCUACUUCAGACGGCAGGAGCCCGUCCAGUGGACGUUCCACGAGAGGCUGGUGAUCGGCCGACUGCUCAAGCUGCUCGAGAGGUUGCGGGAGAUCGAGAACAUACUGACCAUAGCCCAGGAGUAUCUGAAGCUGGAGAAGAUCGAGCUGGGCGGUCUCAAGGGCAAGGAUCUGAUGAACGGCCUGAUCGACGUGUACGAGAGCUUCGUCAAGAGCUACAACGAGCUGUCGGCGGUCAACUACGAGAUCCUGCUGCCCGAGGAUCCGAGCUUCGAUCGCGACCAGCGUAUCUUUCUCGAUAAAGUCGACAAGUGGGAUCGUCGUCUCGGCUUUAUCCUCGAUCAGGCGUUCUCGGAGUGCGCGACGAUAGACAGCAUGCACAAGUUCACGGUGAACAUCGGCACGAUAGUGUCGAGGCCGGUGAUCGCUCGACAGCUCGAGCCCCAUUACGAGGAGCUGAUGAGGAAGUUGGACGCCGAGCUGGACGAGUCCAAGGCCAUACUCGAUCGGAAUCUCAAGCUGUACGAGGCGACGGGCUGCGGGGUGUUCGACGAGCACGUGCCGCCCGUCUCGGCCGAGCUGAAUUUCUUGAAGGAUCUGAAGAUUCGGGCGAGCGGCUCGAUCGAGGCGGUCAAGUCGGUGCAGCAUCCGGUGGUGCAGUCCGAGGCACUGGAGUACGCCCAGCUGAAGCAUCGGCAGCUGAUGAAACUGAUCGAGCUCAAGGAGAUCGAGUACUUCAAUCAGUGGACCGAGACCGUGCCGGACAAGUGCAAGAACGGCCUGGCCCAGAGGCUCUUCAGGCAGGACGAGUCCACCAACGACCAGCUGCGAUCCAACAUGGACCCGGAGCUGGCGAUGGUGCUCAAGGAGACCAGAUACAUGGUCACCAUCUUAGAGAAGGAGCAUCUGCCCGAGGACGCCGUGCAGAUCUUCGCCAAGGCCAGCUACUUCCACGAGACUCUGAUCAAGCUCGACAACGUGGCCAAGUGGUACAAUCACGUGAAUCGCGUCACCACCGCCACGGAGAAGUCGCUGAUCGAGGACGAGCUGUCGACCAUCAACGAGCUGAUACAGUACGCCCAGGAUACCUAUAACUGGGCGACGCCCGACAUCGGCGAAAUCUAUCUGGACGAGCUGCACGAGAUGGCGAGGAGUCUGCAGCAGAGGGUCGAUCAGGCGCAGGCGAAUCUCGCUUAUAUCAAGGGCAGAUUCGCGGGCUGGGUGUCGGUGCCGGUGAUCACGCGCCGGGACAACAGGCCCAACAUGCUGCUGGUGGUGAACGAGAGGAAGGACGCGUUCGAGAAGAGGUACGGGGUGGUCGCCGAGGACGCCAGAGAGCUGUUUCGGAUACUGGACGAGAAUUACAAGCUGUACUUCGAUCUGAUGCCCGAAGAGGUGGCCGGGGAGGAGGACGAGAAGAAGGACGAGGAGGAGAAGGAGAACGACGAAUCCGAGACGACGAAAAAAUCUCGGAUCUCGGGUCAGACCACUACCACCCAGGAAGAGGACACCGCAACGGCGAUCGAGGAGCUUCUCUCGCCGUCGGAGAUACUGCGCCGCGAGCAGGAGGCCGCGGCCGAAGCGGAGCGCGAGGCCGCCCGCCGAGUCAAGUGGCUGCCCUAUCUCGCCGAGAUCGACGAGACGGUCACGGGCGUGCUGGUGGAAGCCGUCAAGACCAGCAUCGCGUACAUCGUGCGCGAGACGGAUCGCGAGGCCGACAUCGAGCCCCUGUUCGAGGUCACGCUCCAGCUGAACGAGCACAAGAUCGUCUACGUGCCGCCGAUGGACCAGGAGUCCCAGGACGGCUUCUACGGCUUGUACGAGAGCAUCGUGCUGGACAUCAUGCGACAGGCGACCCUCGUGCCGAGGGUCGAUCCGCUCAAGGACGAGGAGGGCAGGCUUUACACGAUCGACUGCUCCGAGAACGAGAGCAUAAUCCUCAUGCUCGACGAGACACUGAGCCGCAUCAAGCGCGUCCUCGAGGCCUGUCGCGAAUUCGCCCUCGACUACGAGCGCUACACGUGGCUCUGGACCGAGGAUCGUCGCGCCUAUCUCCUUCUCUUUCUGCGCUUCGCACGGGUACUCACGGACCAGGAGAAGGAGCUGGUCGCCUCGUCCGAGGAGGAGGAGAUCGAGGCGCUGCCGAAUCAGGAGCCGCGACUCGACGACUUCAAGCGCGAGCUCGACCGUUUCGUCGAGCUGUACGAGCGAUGCUCCGCGAUCGACGAUCAGCGUGUGUUCGACAAGUGGAUGAGGGUCAAUGUGCGGCCGCUCAAACACAAUAUACUGAACAACAUAUGCAAGUGGUCCAACGUGCUGAAGCAGCAUCUGAUCGAUCACGUGCACAAGAGCCUGGACGAUCUGAGCGAGUUCCUGAAGAAGGUGCAGACGCGAUUCGUCAACAGGGUGGGCGACGACGAUUACAACGGCCUGCUCGAGACCAUAUACUACCUGAAAGAGGUCAGGGAUCGGGGCUACGAGAUCGACGACAUGUUCGAUCCGCUCAAGGCCACCAUAAAACUUCUCCACGAGUACCAAGUCGAGUUCGAGCCUACGGUGCACGAGCAGCUCACCUCCCUGCCCGAAUUCUGGCUGCUGAUCAAGAAACUCGCGGCCCAGGUCAAGCAGUACGUCUCGCCGCUGCUCUCGGUGCAGAUCGACUGGCUGCGCAAGAAGUUCGUCUGGUUCGACUAUCGGCAGAAGCGCCUGGCCAAGAAGUUCCGCCAGGAGGAGGUCUUCAGUCAUCGCUGCCGCGACGUGUACAUCAAGCUCGACGCCAUCAACGAGCAGGUGCAGGUGCUGAUGGACGAGCACCAGGAGCUGGCGCGCACCGCCGAGAUAUUCGAGCAGCCCAUGGAGGAGUUCCCCGAGUUGGAGCAGCUGAGGCGCGAGCUGAAGAUGCUGAAGAAUCUCUGGGAUUUCGUGAACGUGAUCACGUCGAAUCUGAUACAGUGGAAGAGUACGCAGUGGAAGAAGCUGGACAUCGAGUCGAUCGACAUCGAGUGCAAGAAGCUGACCAAGGAGCUGCGCAUGCUGGACAGGGAGGUGAAGCAGUGGCAGCUGUACGUGUACAUCGAGGGCCAGAUCAGGAACAUGAUGGCCUCGUUGAGGGCCGUGUCGGAGCUGCAGAAUCCGGCGAUACGCGAGCGACACUGGCAGCAGCUGAUGGCCGAAACACAGGUCAAGUUCACGAUGAACGACGGCACGACCCUCGAGGAGCUGCUGCAGCUCCAACUGCACAAGUUCGAGGACGAGGUGAAGAACAUCGUGGACAAGGCGGUGAAGGAGAUGGGCAUCGAGAAGAUGCUGGUGGAGAUCGGCAACACGUGGACGACGAUGGAGUUCGAGCGCGAGACCCACAGCCGUACCAAGCUCUACAUACUGAGGGUCAGCGAGGAGGUGAUCGACACGCUGGAGGAGAAUCAGGUGCAGCUGCAGACGAUGCUCGGCUCCAAGUUCAUCGGCUUCUUUCUCAAGGAGGUGUCGGACUGGCAGGCCAAGCUGAGCAACGCCGACGCCGUGAUCGGCGUCUGGUUCGAGGUGCAGAGGACCUGGGCCCAUCUCGAGAGCAUAUUUCUGGGCUCCGAGGACAUAAGGAGCCAGCUGCCCGAGGACUCGAAGAGAUUCGAGAUGAUCGAUCGGCAGUUCAAGGAACUAUUGAGAAUGAUGACGUCGGACUUGAACAUCGUCAAGGGCACGAACAAACCGAGAUUGUUGGAGAGCCUCGAGGACAUCAAGUAUCAGCUGAGCCUGUGCGAGAAGGCGCUGGCCGAUUAUCUCGACACCAAGAGGCUGGUUUAUCCGCGGUUUUACUUCAUAUCGCCCGCCGAUCUUCUCGAUAUUCUCAGCAACGGAAACAUGCCGGAGCAGGUUUGCAAACACCUGUCGAAGCUCUACGACUCCGUGGCGAAUCUCAAGUGGAAACAGGAGGCCGGUCGAAACACAAAAAUCGCCGUCUCGCUGAUCGCCAAGGACGGCGAGGAGAUGCCGAUGCACGGCACCUGCGACUGCAACGGCAAGGUCGAGAGCUGGCUGAAUCGCAUCACGGACGCGAUGCGACGCGCCGUGCGCCACCACUUCAAGCAGGCCGUCAACUCGUACGCCUAUAAACCGCGCGAGGAGUGGAUAUUCGAUUACGAGGCGCAGCCGGCUUUGUGCGGCACGCAGAUCUGGUGGACGAGCGAGGUCAACGUCGCCUUCGCCCAGCUCGAGGAGGGCUUCGAGAACGCCCUCAAGGACUACCAGAAGAAGCAGAUCGCCCAGCUGGUGGCGCUGAUCACGCUGCUUAUAGGCGAGCUGACGGACAACGAUCGCCAGAAGAUCAUGACCAUUUGCACGAUAGACGUGCACGCGCGGGACGUGGUGGCCAAGCUGAUAGCGAUGAAGGCCGAGACGGGUGCGGACUUUCAGUGGCAGUCGCAGCUGCGCCACAGGUGGGACGACAAGCAGGGCGACUGCUUCGCCAACAUCUGCGACGCCUGCUUUCCCUACGGCUACGAGUAUCUGGGUAACACGCCGCGUCUCGUCAUCACGCCGCUGACGGAUCGCUGCUACAUCACCCUGACCCAGUCGCUGCAUCUGGUGAUGGGUGGGGCACCGGCGGGACCCGCGGGCACGGGCAAGACCGAGACCACCAAGGAUCUAGGCAGGGCGCUCGGCCAGAUGGUCUACGUGUUCAACUGCUCCGAGCAGAUGGACUACAAGUCCUGCGCCAACAUCUACAUGGGCUUGGGCCAAACGGGCGCCUGGGGCUGCUUCGACGAGUUCAAUCGCAUCAGCGUCGAGGUGCUCUCCGUCGUAGCGGUGCAGGUCAAGUGCGUGCUGGACGGCAUCAAGGCGCGCCGCAAGACCUUCCUGUUCUUCGGCCAGGAGCUGAAUCUCGUCCAGUCGGUGGGCAUGUUCAUCACCAUGAAUCCCGGCUACGCCGGACGUACCGAGCUGCCGGAGAAUCUCAAGGCACUGUUCAGGCCGUGCGCCAUGGUGGUGCCGGAUUUCGAGCUCAUCUGCGAGAUCAUGCUGGUCGCCGAGGGCUUCCAGGAGGCCCGACUGUUGGCGCGCAAAUUCAUCACCCUGUACACGCUGUGCCGCGAGCUGCUUUCCAAGCAGGACCACUACGAUUGGGGCUUGAGGGCCAUCAAGUCCGUGCUCGUGGUGGCGGGCAAGCUCAAGCGCGGCGACCGUAACAGGCCCGAGGAUCAGGUGUUGAUGCGAGCCCUGAGAGACUUCAAUCUGCCCAAGAUCGUGACGGACGACGUGCCCGUGUUCAUGGGCCUGAUCGGCGAUCUGUUCCCCGCACUGGACGUGCCGCGUAAACGAGACAUGACGUUCGAGGCGGACGUGAGACAGGCCACCCUCGAUCUCAAGCUGCAGCCCGAGGAGGGCUUCGUGCUCAAGGUCGUGCAGCUGGAGGAGCUGCUGUUCGUGCGCCACUCGGUGUUCAUCAUCGGCUUCGCCGGCACCGGCAAGAGCCAAGUCUGGAAGACGCUGUUUCGCACCUAUCACAAUCUCAAACGCAAGCCCAUGUACAACGAUCUGAAUCCCAAGGCGGUGACCAACGACGAGCUAUUCGGCGUCAUCAAUCCCAUGACCAGAGAGUGGAAGGACGGAUUGGUAUCGGUGCUGAUGCGCGACCAGGCCAAUCUGCAGGGCGACGGGCCCAAGUGGAUCAUCUUCGACGGCGACAUCGAUCCCAUGUGGAUCGAGUCGCUCAACACGGUGAUGGACGACAACAAAGUGCUGACGCUGGCCAGUAACGAGCGCAUCGCCCUCACCAAGCAGAUGAGGCUCAUCUUUGAAAUCUCCAAUCUACGAACCGCCACUCCAGCCACCGUCUCCAGAGCUGGAAUCUUAUACAUCAAUCCGCAAGACUUGGGCUGGAGUCCCUUCAUCCAAUCGUGGAUCGACAAUCGCGAGCCAAGCGAGCGCGACACCCUCUUCCUGCUCUUCGAAAAAUACAUACCGCCUCUGCUCGACGCCGUCAAGACGAAAUUCAAAAAGAUCACCCCGAUCCCGGACAUCUGCCAUCUCGAGAUGGUCUGCAAUCUGCUCGACUGCUUCCUGACCAAAGAAACGGUGCCCACGGGCAGCCCCAAGGAGUGGUACGAGCUGUACUUCGCGUUCGCCUGCAUCUGGGGCUUCGGCUCGGCCCUGUUCCAGGACCAGCUCGUCGACUGGCGCAACGAGUUCAGCAAGUGGUGGAUCGCCGAGUUCAAGGCCGUUCGUUUCCCGGCGGGCGGCAACGUCUUCAACUACUUCAUCGAUCCGGAGACGAGCAAUCUCGUGCCCUGGCAGGAGAAGGUGGAAAAAUUCUUCCUGGACACGGACAUACCGCUGCAGGCCACCCUGGUGCCUACGAGCGAGACGGUGCGAAUCCGCUUCUUCAUGGACAUGCUGAUGGCCAGGAAGAAGCCGUGCAUGUUGAUCGGCUCGGCGGGCUCGGGCAAGAGCGUCAUCGUCGCGGACAAGCUGUCGAGUCUGUCGCUCGAUUACAACGUCGCCAACGUACCGUUCAAUUACUACACGAGCUCGGAGAUGCUCCAGAAAGCACUGGAGAGACCGCUGGAAAAAAAAGCCGGCCGCAAUUUCGGCCCGCCCGGCUCCAAGUCGCUCGUCUACUUCAUCGACGAUCUGAACAUGCCCGAGGUCGACACCUACGGCACAGUAGGCGCCCACACGAUCAUACGCCAGUACAUCGACUACGGCCACUGGUACGAUCGGGCCAAGUUCACCCUCAAGGACAUACACAACGUGCAGUUCGUCUCGUGCAUGAACCCGACGGCGGGCUCGUUCACCAUCGACAGCCGACUGCAGCGUCACUUCGCCGCGUUCGCCGUCAGCUUCCCCGAGAAGCAGACCCUCGUCACUAUCUACAGUCAGAUUCUCGAGCAGCACGUCGGCAACGCUCUGCACAAGAUCCAGCCCAACGUGGCGAAGAUGGCCCCCCAGAUCGUCGACGCCGCGGUCUACCUGCACGACAAGAUCUCCACGACGUUCCUGCCCACAGCCGUCAAGUUUCACUACAUCUUCAAUCUGCGCGAUCUGUCCAACAUCUUUCAGGGUCUGCUGUUCUCGAUCGGGGCCACGAUCCCCAACGAGCUGACGUUCUGUCGGUUGUACAUACACGAGGCGACGCGCGUCUACGCCGACAAGCUGGUCGACGCCGUGGACAAGGACGAGUUCGACUCGCUGCUGCGCGACGCCAUGAAGAAGAACGUACAGAUAUUCGACGAGGAUCAGGCCUUCGUCGAGCCCGUGGUGUUCUGCCACUUCGCCGAGGCGGCGGGCGACGCCAAGUACAUGCCCAUCCUCGACUGGCCGCAUCUCGACAAGAUACUCAACGACGCGCUGCUCAAUUACAACGAGCUCGUCUCGGCCAUGAAUCUUGUGAUGUUCGAGGACGCCAUGUAUCACGUCUGUCGGAUAAAUCGCAUCCUCGAGGCGCCCAGGGGCAACGCGCUGCUCAUCGGCGUCGGCGGCAUGGGCAAGCAGUCGCUGUCGCGGCUCGCCUCGUUCAUCUCCUCGCUCGAGGUCUUCCAAGUCCAACUCAGGAAAGGCUACUCGAUCAACGAUCUGAAGGCCGACAUCAGUCUGCUGUACGUCAAGGCGGGCCUGAAGAAUCUCGGCAUCACUUUCCUCAUGACGGACUCGCAGGUGGCCCAGGAGCACUUCCUCGUGGUGGUGAACGACAUGCUGGCCUCGGGCGACAUCGCCGAUCUGUUUCCCGACGAUCAGGUCGAGAACAUUAUCAACGCCAUGAAGAACGAGGUGAAGCAGGCGGGGAUACUGGACACUAGGGAGAACUGCUGGAAGUUCUUCAUCGACAAGGUGCGGAAGCAGCUCAAGUGCGUGCUGUGCUUCUCGCCGGUGGGCGACACGCUGAGAAAGAGAGCACGACAGUUCCCGGCCCUAGUCAAUUGCACGUCCAUCAAUUGGUUCCAAGACUGGCCUCGGGAGGCUCUGGAGUCGGUGUCGGCGAGAUUUCUCGAGGAACUCGAAGUUUUACCCGAAGAGUUUCGCCCGUCCGUAUCCCUCUUCAUGUCGUUCGUGCACUCGGUCGUCAACGACACCUCCAAGCUCUAUCUCCAAAACGAGCGCCGCUACAAUUACACGACGCCCAAGUCGUUCCUCGAGCAGAUCAAUCUCUACUCGAAGCUGCUGAACAACAAGACGCACAACUUGAAGUCCAUGAUCGAGCGUUUGGUCAACGGUCUGGAGAAGCUCGAGUCGUGCGCUGGACAGGUGGACGAGUUGAAAGUGACGCUGGCCGUGCAAGAGGUCGAACUGAAGAAGAAGAACGAGGUGGCGGACAAGAUAUUGGCCGAAGUCACCGCGGAGAAUACAAAGGCCGAAGUGGAAAAGGCUUUCGUAAGCGGCGAGGAGGAAAAGGUCGCCGACAUCAAGGAGAGCGUCGCGCAGAAGCAGAAGAAAUGCGACGAAGAUUUGGCAAAGGCUGAGCCAGCCGUGCGUAAAGCCGAGGAGGCUCUCAACACAUUGAACAAGAACAACCUCACCGAGCUGAAGGCGUUCACCUCUCCACCCGAAGCCGUAGCCAAGGUCGUCGAGGCCGUCCUGGUGCUGUUCUCGCCCAAGGGCAAGGUGCCCAAGGACCGCAGCUGGAAGGCCUGCAAGGUCAUGAUGGGCGGUGCCGAUCAGUUCCUCAACGCGCUGAGGACCUACAACAAGGAGAACAUCCAUCCGGACGUGAUGAAGGCCCUGCAGCCGUACAUCAAGGACAAGGGCUUCGAUCCCGAGCUGAUCAUGACCAAGUCGCAGGCGGCCUCGGGCCUGUGCAGCUGGGUGCUCAAUAUCGUGGCCUUCUACUACAUCAACGAGGAGGUCAGGCCGCUGAGGCAGGCCCUGGCGGCGGCCAACGCCGAGCUCAAGGCCGCCAUGGAGAAGCUCACGUCGCUGCGCGCACGACUGGCCGAAUUGCAAAAAGUACUGGACGCUCUGAGCGAGAAGAUGGAGAUCGCGAUGACCGAGAAGCAAAAGUGCCAAGCCGAGGCCGACGCCACCGAGACGGCCAUCGACCUGGCCAAUCGACUCGUCAACGGUCUUGGCUCGGAAAAAGUUCGCUGGGCCGAAACCGUCGAAUACCUGAAAGAGUCAGGCAUCAAAAUCACCGGCGACAUCCUCCUCGUCACGGCCUUCAUCUCCUACGUCGGCUGCUUCUCGCGCAAGUAUCGGGUCGACCUGCUCAACGUCCACUGGAUCCCGUUCCUGAACAAUCUCGAGGUGCAGAUACCGCGCUCGGAGGAUCUCGACCCGCUGGGCAUGCUGACGGACGACACUCAGAUCGCCCAGUGGAACAACGAGGGUCUGCCCACGGAUCGGAUGUCCGCGGAGAACGCCACGAUACUGACCAACUCGACGCGUUGGCCGCUGAUGAUCGAUCCACAGCUGCAGGGCAUCAAGUGGAUCAAGAACAAGUACGGCGAGGAUCUGAAGAUCCUGAGGCUGACGCACAGAAAUUAUCUCGAUCAGAUCGAGUUCGCCAUUAUGAACGGAGAUAUCGUGUUGUUGGAGAAUAUAAUGGAGAGCAUCGACGCGGUGCUCGAUCCGAUUCUCGGCAGGGUGCUCAUCAAGAAGGGAACUAUGAUAAAGAUCGGCGACAAGGAGAUCGACUACAAUCCCCAAUUCCGUCUGAUCCUCCAAACGAAGCUCGCCAAUCCUCACUACAAGCCCGAGAUCCAGGCACAGACGACCCUGAUCAAUUUCACCGUGACCCAGGACGGCCUGGAGGAGCAGCUUCUCGGCGAGGUGGUGAAAGCCGAGCGACCCGAUCUCGAGGCCACCAAGUCCGAGCUCACCAAGCAGCAGAACACCUUCAAGAUCACCCUGAAGAAGCUCGAGGACGAUCUGCUGCAGAGGCUGUCGUCGGCCGGGCCCAACGUGCUGAGCGACGUCGCCCUCGUGGAGAAUUUGGAGAACACCAAGCGUACGGCGGCGGAGAUACAGAUCAAGGUGGCCGAGGCCAAGAUCACCUCGGCCAAGAUCGACGAGGCGCGAGAGCUUUACAGACCGGCCUCGAGGCGGGCCAGUCUGCUCUACUUCAUUCUCAACGAUCUCUGCAAGAUCAAUAUGCUCUAUCAGUUUUCGUUGAAGGCCUUCACGGUGGUUUUCCAGAAUGCCAUUAGGUUCGCCGUCAAAGCCGACAAAAUCGACAAACGCAUAGAAAAUCUGAUCGACAGCAUAACGUACUUGGUGUUCGUCUACACCAGCCGAGGCCUCUUCGAAGCCGACAAACUCACCUUCUUGUGUCAAAUGGCCAUUCAGGUACUCUUACAAUCGGGCGGCAUCGAACGACCGGAAGUCGAUUUUCUCCUGCGCUAUCCGGUCGAUCCCAACAUCGUCAGUCCCAUCGAUUUUCUGUCGGACAUGAGCUGGGCCGGGGUGAAGUUCCUGAGCAACAUGGCCGAGUUCACGAAUCUCGACAAGGACAUCGAGGGCGCGGCCAAGAGAUGGAAAAAAUUCAUCGAGUCCGAGAAGCCGGAGCAGGAGAAACUGCCCCAGGAGUGGAAGAGCAAGUCGGCCUUCCAGAAGCUCUGCAUGAUCAGAUGCUUCCGGCUGGAUCGCAUGACCUACGCCGUCAAGACCUUCGUGGAAGCGGAACUGGGCCCGAAAUUCGUCGAGUCUCGCUCCAUGCCCUUCAAAAAGUCCUUCGAGGAGACGAGCGCCAUCACUCCGGUCUUCUUCAUCCUCUCGCCGGGCGUCGAUCCACUCAAGGACGUGGAGAAGCUCGGCCGCGAGAUGCACUUCACCGUGGAGAACGGCAAGUUCCACAACGUGUCGCUGGGUCAGGGCCAGGAGCCUGUGGCCGAGUCCGCGAUGGACCUGUCGGCCAGCGACGGCCACUGGGUCAUCCUGCAGAACGUCCAUCUGGUGCGCAGCUGGCUCAGCAGCCUCGAGAAGAAGCUCGAGCAGCUCUCGGAGGAUCCGCACGAGGACUAUCGGCUGUUCAUCAGCGCCGAGGCGAGCGCCGAUCCGCACGAGUCCGUCAUACCCCAGGGCAUCCUCGAGUCCGCGAUCAAGAUCACGAACGAGCCGCCGACGGGCAUGCAGUCGAACAUACACAAGGCCCUGGACAACUUCACCCAGGACACUCUCGAGUCCUGCUCCAAGGAGACCGAGUUCAAAGCCAUCCUCUUCGGGCUGUGCUACUUCCACGCCGUGGUGCAGGAGAGGCGUCGAUUCGGCCCCCAGGGCUGGAACCGCGUCUAUCCGUUCAACUUCGGCGACCUGACGAUCAGCGCCAUGGUCCUGCAGAACUAUCUCGAGAGCAACACCAAGGUGCCCUGGGAGGAUCUGCGCUAUCUCUUCGGCGAGAUCAUGUACGGCGGCCACAUCACCGACGACUGGGAUCGCCGAUUGAGCCGCACCUAUCUGCUCGAGUACCUGAGGCCGGAGCUCGUGGAGGCCGACAUGCAGUUCGCCCCGGGCUUCCAGGCGCCGCCCAACAGCGACUACCAGGCCUAUCACGAGUACAUCGACAAUCACAUACCCGCCGAGAGUCCGGUGCUCUACGGCCUUCAUCCCAAUGCCGAGAUCGGUUUCUUGACCGUCACGUCGGAAAAUCUGUUCCGCACCGUGCUGGAGAUGCAGCCGAAGAACGCGGGCGAGUCGGCCGGCCUCGGCAUGUCGCGCGAAGAGAAGGUCCGCUCGAUCAUCGAGGACACGCUCGACAAGUGCCCCGAGGAGUUCAACGUUCCCGACCUCAUGUCCAAAGUCGAAGACUUGACGCCCUACGUGAUCGUGGCUUUCCAAGAGUGCGAGAGGAUGAACAUACUCUCGAGAGAACUGAGGCGUUCGCUCACGGAGCUCGAGCUCGGUCUGAAGGGUGAACUGACGAUCAACGCGGACAUGGAGGACUUGGAGAACUACCUGUUCAUGGACGCGGUGCCCCCGUCCUGGACGAAGUUGGCCUAUCCGUCCAGUCUGAGCCUCACCAAUUGGAUAGCCGAUCUGCAGGUUCGUUACACCGAGCUGCAGAACUGGACCUCCGACUUCAACCUACCUGCAACCGUCUGGCUAUCCGGUUUCUUCAAUCCGCAAUCCUUCCUCACGGCCAUCAUGCAACAAACGGCCCGUAAAAACGAGUGGCCUCUGGACAAGAUGUGCCUCUACUGCGACGUCACCAAGAAGCAAAAGAACGAAUUCACUGGUCCGCCGCGCGAGGGUGCCUACAUAAGCGGCCUGUUCAUGGAGGGCGCGCGCUGGGACACGGCCUCGGGCUUCAUCGCCGACUCGCGCCUCAAGGAGCUCUUCCCCCAGAUGCCGGUCAUGUACAUCAAGGCCAUCACCCAGGACAAGGCCGAGAUGAAGAACAUGUACGACUGUCCGGUAUAUCGGACGAGGGCUCGUGGGCCCACCUACGUCUGGACCUUCAAUCUCAAGACCAAGGACAAGCCCCAGAAGUGGACGCUGGCUGGUGUCGCUAUCUUGUUGCAGACCUGA